GUGGUUCAUGCCUGACAUAGUGACGUUCCACACACCACACGUGUUGUGAAGUUUGCAAAUGAAAACAUUAAAAAAAGUAUUUACAAAACAAUUUAACGAAUUUUAAUGUGAAAUCAAAUUAGACAUUACAAGAUUUAUUUAAACAAAUCAAGAAUAUUUUUAAAAUGGUACGCAAUAAAGGUAAUAAUUCACGAUCGCGAAAGCGAAAAUCGGAACAGCGCAGAAAACCACCGCAAAAAAAGCAAAAAUAUGAUAUAACUAAUAAACCAGACUACAUGAAGGAGCGAGAAGCCCGAGCCAAGGAAAAUACAUUUCCAAAAAGGUACGAGCCACCUCUUAUUCAAAAGGCAGAAAAUUGGACCAAUGUUCAAAAUAAACAUUCCGAAAGCGAAGAAGAGGAUCCCCUAAAGGUUUUACUGGGAACUUUUAAUAAUAAAAAGCUAACGAAGGUAGCGAUUGUUUCGGAUUCAGAAAGCGAUGAAGAUGUGGAUGAAGGUUCAGAAAAGGAGAGAAAUUUAGAGGAGGAAAAUGAUUUAGAAGACGAAGAGGAAGAAAUAGAAGAAGAUGAAGAUGAAAAUGAUUUAGGAGACGAAGAGGAAGUAGAAGUAGAAGAGGAAGUAGACGAAGAAGUAGAAGAAGAGGAAGAUGAAGAGGAGGAGGAAGAAAAGGAUCAAGAAGGCGAAUCGGAUGAUCAAGAAAUAGUUGUGAACCAAGAGGAAGACGAAGAUUACGAUCCAAAAACCGAAAAUUCAGAUCCAUUUUCCCUUCAUCUUCAAAACGACAUCAGCGACGAACUCUACAAUUCCAUAUCAACCACUUCAAAUUACAAAACACACGAUUUAAAUUGGUCAAAACUCGGGAAAAUUCUCUGUCAAAUUCCCACCACCGAAACAUCAAAAACCGAACCAUCGGAUCAAAAGCAAAAAACCCUCGUUUCCUUAGACGAAAAAAAUGAAUUCGCAAAACCCGGAAGACCACCAAAUCCAAUUUCGACAAUUGACUGGAAGAGUCUCUUCGUCAAAUCCCAAAUCCACGUGAACGUCAGUAAAGUAAAUUACGACAACAUCAAGAAUAAUCUUGAAACAACAAAAACCCCUCUAACACCCCUACAAACCGAACUCUUCUCCCUAAUCAACAAUUAUCAAGAUCUCCUCUACACCGAGAGAUCGUUCACAAACGCAGAGGAAAUUCGCCUCGUCUACUGCCUCCACACAAUGAAUCACAUUCUCAAAACAAGAAUGCGAAUUCUCCGACACAAUUUAAAAUUAUCAAAAAAUCGCACCAACGAAGUUCCCGAUGAAUUUCUCGAUCAAGGACUCGUGCGACCGAAAAUAUUAAUUCUCGUACCGUUUCGUGAUUCCUGUUUGAAAAUUGUAAAAAUGUUAAUUGGUUUAUUAAUUGAUGAGGGUAAAGGUGGAUCGGUAAUGAAUAAGAAACGAUUUUUUGAAGAAUUCGCUGGUGGGGAAAUAUUGAUGCCUAAAAAGAAUCCAAAACCAGAGGAUUAUGAAUUAACAUUUUCCGGUAAUAGUGACGAUAGUUUUCGAAUAGGAAUACAGGUGACGAAGAAAGUUUUAAAACUCUAUUCGAAUUUUUAUUCAUCUGAUAUUAUUGUUGCAUCACCAUUGGGUUUGAGAACGUUGAUUGGCGCCGAGGGCGAGGCUGAUAGGGAUUAUGAUUUUUUGGCAUCAAUUGAAUUAUUAAUUUUAGAUCAGACGGAAAUUUUUUUAAUGCAAAAUUGGGAUCAUUUUAUUCAUCUCAUGGAUCAUAUGCAUCUACAACCGAAAACAUCGAGGGGGACUGAUUUCUCGAGAAUUAGAAGUUGGGCUGUUAACGGAUGGACCAAGUACUACAGACAAACACUAAUUUUUUCAUCCUACGACGUCCCGGAAAUACAAGGAAUCUUCAGCAAGCGUUGCCAUAAUUUUGCUGGAAGAAAUAAAAUUUCAAAUUCCAUUUUUCCAGGUUCUGCAUCACAAGUGGUUAUACAAGUACCUCAGGUUUAUCAUCGAUUCGAAGCGACCAGUUAUUCACAAGCAAUUGACGCUAGAUUUAAAUUUUUCGUGACAAAAAUUCUCCCUCAAUAUACAGAUUCAAUGAUGGGUCAUACACUGAUAUUUGUACCCUCUUAUUUUGAUUUUGUCUCACUUCGAAAUUAUAUGAAAGAUGAACAAAUAAGUUUUGUACAGAUUUGUGAAUAUUCCAAGGACUCAAAAAUUGCCAAGGCAAGAGAUAUCUUUUUUCAUAGUGAAUCACAAUUUCUUUUGUAUUCAGAGAGAUUUCAUUUUUUCCGACGAAUUAGAGUUAAGGGAAUUCGUCAUAUUUUAUUUUAUGGACCACCAGUUUCGCCACAUUUUUACAGUGAAAUGAUUAAUUUAAUGCAAGAAAGUAAUCAAAAUCCAAAAGGCGGUUCCGAAAGUAACAUGUCCGUGACUGUUGUUUAUUGUAAAUAUGAUAUUUUGCAAUUGUCGUCUAUUAUUGGCACUGAGAGAGCUUCAAAAAUGCUCACUUCAGAGAAAAAUGUUCAUAUGAUUAUUACUGACAAGUAAGUUGAAAUUUAGAUGAUAACUUAUCUAAUUGAAAUGUAGAAUUUUUUGUAUUAUAUUUAUAACUUUAAAUAAACAAAUUAGUUAAAAAAUA